CCGCGGCUUCCGUGUGGAUGUCGCGGUGAACGUCGGUGUUGGCGUUCGUAGCGCGCGCGGGCGUCGAGGGCCGAGAGACCAGAGAGUAAGGUAGGUAGGCUCGGGUGGUAAGGAGCGAGCACCCUUGGCCGCGUCGUUCGUGUCGACGGCACCCCUUGGGAGGCGAGCAGUCAGGCAGGAAGGUUGGCGAGCAAGCAACCCCUAAGCUUGGUUAGGGGUGAAGGCGGCGAGCCGCGGACGCCACAACACGACCGCCGUCCUCAUUGGUCGACGCGCGCGUCUGGGAGGGGCUCCGGAAAAAUUGGAGGGGAGAAAAAUCCCCUCUAAAUAGCUGCCACCAAGCCGCGAAAAACUAGAAUCCGCUGAACCGGCAUAGAGAACGCGUCGGAGACGUCUUCGCUUGUACAGAUUCGAUUUCGUGUGAUUCGGGGCAGUUCGGUAGGGAGAGAAGAUCGUUGGAAAGGAGAGAAAAAAAAAAAAAUUUCGUCAAAGUUUUUCGUUCGUUCCACAAGCGUUUCACAUCACGAUCGGUAGUGCGCGUUGCGUAAGCGUAGAGUGCCGAAACUGUACGCAGAAUAAUCAGUGUUUAUAUAUACGUAUGUAAAAUAGUGUGAAGUGCGCAACAUCGACAAUUUGGAGUAUAAAAUUACCUCGUCGCAUACGAAUGAACGAGGACUGCUCUCGCGUCGUAUGAUAUAUAAAUUGAAACUAAAAAAAAAUUUUUGUGCAAAACUUAACGAGUACGUCGCAACUGUUUGAAUAUUAAAAAACAAUCGAAAAUGCAUCUUCCUGACGGUCCGAUCGGGUUGGAAAGUUUUGGCGCGAUUCACGACACGCUCAGAGCCUGCCACGGUGAUCUGGUUCAAACCGGAAGUCCGGCGAUCCUGUGCAGCGCGCUGCCCACUCAUUGGCGAUCGAACAAGUCGCUGCCGGUCGCAUUCAAAGUGGUCGCCCUCGACGACGUAAACGACGGCACUCUGGUCACCAUAAGGGCGGGCAACGACGAGAACUGUUGCGGAGAACUGAGGAAUUGCACCGCGGUUAUGAAGAACCAAGUGGCCAAGUUCAAUGACCUCAGAUUCGUGGGUCGCAGCGGAAGAGGAAAGUCAUUCUCUCUGACCAUCCAGAUCAGCACCGUUCCCUUCCAAGUGGCGACCUACACGAAAGCCAUCAAGGUCACGGUUGACGGCCCACGGGAACCCAGAUCGAAGUCGAAUUACCAAUACGGACCUGGUUUUCCGGGACUAGGACUCUUGAAUCCGUGGCUCGACGCUGCGUAUCUUGGACACGCCUGGCACCUCCCCCACCCGGCGUUGGUCAAAGGAUCUCUGCCGAUGCCAACGGCCGACAUGUUCCCACCGGCGUUCGCACCGACUAUGCUGCCAACGGCGUAUCCCUUCCCAGAGCCGAUAAAAUAUCCGGAAUACAAUCUGCUGCCGAAAACCGCUGCGGCGCCGACAACUCCGCCGAGAAGUCCCAGCGAGAGCGGCAGCGAAUCCGAAGAAGUACGAAGUGCCUUUGUGCCGAUUCGUUUGAACACCCUCAACCAAUCGCCGGCGAUUCCGUCGACGACGCCUACGGUGCCGAAGAAACCAACCGAAGGAGUUAGGAACGAAUUGAAAGCUCCGAAGGCCCUGAUUUCGCAGAGGUCGCCGAAGAGCCCGUCCCCGACGAAAAUCUCAUCACCGGCGCCGGCGAAACCAGUUUGGAGGCCGUAUUAAGAAUCGGCGGAGGACCAGUCGGUUGCAACGAUAAUCGGGAUAAGAAGAUGAACUUCAAAAGUCGAAGAUUAUUCAAUUGAAUUCGCACCGCGGACAAAACUAAGGGACACGCCAACACGGCGAAAUCAGCCGUCGAGUAAACGUCGAUACACCUAGUUCGUAAACGGCGGCCAUUCCAUCGUCAACUUACUUCGCUAUUAUUGGAUUAUAAUAACGAAAACUAAGGGUGGCGGGCCGCCCGCCGCGUCGUAAAAAUUCUUCAGUUUUAUGAAGAGGGAUACCAUACACCUGCUAUAUAUAUAACACGCGGUUUUUCGACGAGUUCAAAAACCGGCCGGAUUUAACGGUGAUGCAUACAUAUAUAUAUGACACUUUCGCUACCCUUCCCUCUCCCCCAACUGUCAUAAAAUUAUCUGUACAUAGAUUUGAAUACUUUAAUUUCUUUGUAGAUAAUUUUCGCUUCGUUUCUUUCUUUUACUUUACUAUGAUUUUGAGUUUCUGUUUUCCCAACAUCGCGAAGGCAAUGUGUAUAACGAACAAAGAAAAAAAGAAAAAAAAAACAAAACGACACGGAUAAUUCUAUCACCGUACGCGUGGACGCGUCGUAAGAAUUGUCAACCGUGAUAUGUAAUAUCGCUGAGAAAAUUGUAAAUAUUAUACAUAACAUUAUACAUACAUAUAUAUAUAUAU